CCGGAAUGAUUGACAGGUGCCCGGUGACGCCCCCGCCUCCUUCCACGGAUCCAACAUGGCGGCUGCCAUGGAGCUGAGAUGCUGGGGAGGAGACUGGGGUUUGCCUUCUGUUCACACCGAGUCCCUGAUAGUUCUGGCAUACGCCAAGUUUUCUGGGGCGAAAGUCACACUUUCUCCUAUAGACUGGACGUGGAAGACGAUAACAGUGACCGUCCCAGAGUUGCUUUGUGGAGACUCUUCGGUUCAAGAACCUGCACAGAUUCUCAACUUCCUGAGGAAACAGAGGUUUAACGCAGACUAUGAGCUGUCAGCCCGGCAAGGAGCAGACACAAUGGCCUACAUCGCUCUACUGGAAGAGAAACUGCGACCAGCUCUGUUGCACACUUUCUGGGUGGAUGCGGAAAACUACGCCAACCUGACACGGCCGUGGUUCGCCGCACGCUCGCCCUUCCCGCUCAACUUCGUGGUCCCCAGCCGCCUCGCCAACACCGCCCUCUCCCGCAUCCUCCUAACCAAAGGAGAGGCGCCGCUGCACAGGAUCUCCGAGGUGGAGGGAAAGAUCUACAGUGACGCUAAAGAGUGCCUGAAUCUCCUCUCCUACAGACUGGGAACAGCUGACUACUUCUUCGGAAAUUCGCCAACCAGCCUGGAUGCCUUCGUGUUUGGUUUUGUGGCUCCACUUCACAAAGCCAGUCUUCCCAGCAGUCCUCUGCAGAACCAUCUCAGACAGCUGGAUAACCUCACACACUUCUGUGAAAACAUCCUGGCUCUCUAUUUCAGCCCGGAUCACCCUUGUCCUCCCCCACCCGUUCAGGAAACAAUGGACGCAAACCUCCAGAAACUAACACAGCUUGUAAACAAAGAGUCCAACUUGAUAGAAAAGAUGGAUGACAACCUUCGCAGCAGCCCACAGCACAAACCGCACAGACCAGACCCCAAACCCAGUCUGUCCGGUGCAAAGAGCUCCACCCCUGCCUAACAGCCCACCCCUCAGCCCGGAUCGCAGCCUUAUGAAUCGUGGGGGGGAGCAGCCUGGUCGCUGCUCUGAAUCUGACUCAACAACCUACAGAUCUAGAAAAUGCUAUAAAGCUGGAGUAUGACUUGAAUGGGAAACCAGUUAAUAAAUAAUGCAAGUAUGGCUAUAUAAUUACAAGAGACUAUUUUAAGAUAAUGAUGAUAGACUUCAGAGGUGAUCGUCCGAAAGGGAAGAAAAAAAUGCAUGUGUGCGGUAUUUAAAAAUGUUGAGUGCAUGUGUGAGGUUAAGGAUGGAACGCUAAUGUCGAGGUGCUCAAAUGAAAGACACGGAGAGUUAAAGGGAACGCCACAGUGUAUGAGAGGUCCAGCAGGGAGAUUCACCUGAAUGGGUCACACUCCUAUUAACGUUUUCAUCUCGUCGUUUUAAAUUGAUGAUUUAUUUUCAGUUUGAGCUGAUGAUCAGGCAACAGUUGAAGUCACUUUUUAACCAUCUGUCCUCUGAAUCUGAAUCUCUGAUAAUUUAACAUCCACCCAGGCAAAUAUCCUUCAUCAAAUCCACUGUAAUAUGUUCUUAUCAAUGUUUGCAUUGACAUGUUGUACAGUGUGUGUGCAGCUAUGACUAGAGAGAAUUUAACUUAUUUUAACUUGGCUUUCACCUCCUCUGCUGUGUACACUUUAUAUCAUUGUAAAUAUUGUCAUGAUUACAAUCAAAUUACACUAAAUAGGGCUGAUACGCCUUGUUCACACUUUUAGUUAAAAGCACUGAGGUAAUGAAAGGGCCUUACAUGUUGUGUUAAUUUAUUUAUGCGUAACAUUUGGGACCAAUUUGUGUCUAUAUGCAAGUUGUCCUAAAUACUAUCAGCCACCGCUGUCUUUUAAUCUUUGUUUUUGAUUGUUUUAAAUUUGUAUUUUGCAUUUUGUUGUCGCCUUGAUUUUCCACAACCAUUUUCUAACGUGUAUUUAGAUUUUUUUGAAUUUCUGCUGCUUUAAUUGACCUGUUUAACGGUCCCAUUUGUUUGAACUGACGUGUAUGCGCAACAUCUCAUGACGUGCCUUUUGUUUUACUUUGUUCCUAUAGUCUGAUUUCUACGGAAAUGUGGCUGUAGUUUGUUUUGCAGUAAUGUUUCAUCACAGCUCACACGCUACCGGUCAAAAGUUUUAGAACACUCUACUAUUUCUUUCUAUUUUGUUUUUUUUAUUAUUAUUAUUGAAAUGUGUGCAGUUUAAUGUCUCAUUUUACUCUGAAAUGAAAGCAUAGACCAAAUAAACAACUGACGUUAAAAAAAAAAAAAAUCAUGGAAUCAAUAUAUAAUCCACAUUAUUCUUAACUUUGGACACCUGUCUGUGAAGGUUCUCAGUCGUCCAGGUCACGAUAAUCCAAAAUGCAUUUGAAUAAAUGCAACUGGACUUGUAGAAUUUCUUGAAAAUGUUUCACCACUCGUCCGAGUAGCAAAGAAGCCAUUUGGCUGCUUUAACAAGUUAACACAGUUGUGACAUUCUUUCUUUCUAAAAUGGAAAUAAUCAAAUAUUUUCUGGACAGUUCUUCACAAAUCUGUUGCACAAGUUCCCAGAAAUGUGUGGCACUUGUAGCGCGCUUUGCUUUCACUCUUCUGUCCAGUUCAUUACAAACCAUCUCCAUGGAGACCAGGCCGUCCUCUCCAUGUUUCCAAGCUUUCCGUCUUGUUUUUGUCCUGAGGUAGUUCUGGUGUAGGCUGGGCUAAAGUUCUGGGUCACGCUGCAGGAUGGAGCCCUGACCAACUAUAUCAGAAGAUACCGUGUGCUGUUCUUAAACAUUUGACCGGUAGCGUGUGUUACUGAACUGUGUCUACUUUGUGUUACUCUUCAUUUUCUUUGUGUGUUUCUGCCAAAUGAUGUUCAUACAUUAAGAUACUUCCCCAAAAAACAACAACAACAACAAAAAAUCUAUUCUCUUCACAUGUUCAUUUCCUUAAAAGCACCAUAUUUAGAAACAUGCUCAUUGGUGCGUUGUGCCUUCAUGACUGCUGGUCUUUGUACAAGUGUCAAAAUACUAACCCUGUCCUUCACACAUGAUCCUCGUCCGUUCUGUUGCAGUUCAUAAUCGACUGACAGCUGGUAACACCUGUUUUCACAUUAUUUAAAUACAAGUCUCAUACAACCAUGCUCUGGUCACCUGUCUUUUUUUUUUUCUUCAGACUUUUUGUUACCUUUUUUCUUUUUAAACUCAACUCUUUCCUGGAUCCCCCGACUGAGCUGAUGCACCAGUGCAUGCUGUCGGGCGACUUGUUUUUCCAGGAACAAUUACAGAAGCUUUCACUGCCGCACCGCUCAGAUGGUGUGAUCAUUUGUUUAGACGUGCGGAGGAUAGGGAGUUCUUUGUCUGGCGCUGGCCUUGGACGUGGAAAAAACUAAAGCAAUCUGAGAGGAAAUGAUGCAUGCUCAACUUUUAGAUAUUCUCACGCUGAGGCAUUUCUUGGCUGGCUCUUUAGUAGCUCCAGUAAAAAAAAAAAAAGAAAUUGUGCUAAAUAGGUAUAUUUGGUUUUACUGAUGAUGAUUAAUAGUGACUCCAUCAUUGAUUGUGUGCGUAUCGGAUGUCUCUGCCGGACUGCGCCAAAGAAUUUGCCUGUCGGGAAGAUAAACUGCAACACCCUUUUCCAACCUAA